AUGAGAGUAACGGGAGAGGAGAGUUUAGAGACAGCAGUGAGAGGGGGUCUCUCUGAAGAGGUGGCAUUUGUGCAGAAUGGAACUGUGCUAGAAUCUGAAGUGGGGUAUGGAGGAAAGCCAGGAGGAAACGAGAUCAGAGAGCAGAGUCCAUGGAUGCUGUUUCUGAACGAAAGCAUGUUUAUGCCUCAGCAGGAAGCAGGGUCUAGUAAGUGUGACAUGCAGAUGGCUGUCAAGCAGAGCAGCCCUGAUCAGUACAAGGUGGACCCAGGAGUCUUGAGUUACACAGACAGUCUACUGCGGCAGUCAGACGUCUCACUAUUGGAUCCUCCAAGCUGGCUCAAUGACCAUGCUAUUGGGUUUGUCUUUGAGUACUUUGCCAACAGUCAAUUUCAUGACUGCUCUGACCACGUCUGCUUCAUCAGUCCCGAAGUUACUCAGUUCAUCAAGUGCACUGGCAACCCAGCAGAGAUCGCCAUGUUCCCUGAACCCUUUAACCUACCAAAUAAGAGAGUUAUAUAUUUGGCCAUCAACUCCAACCUCACAGCUGGGGGAGCCCACUGGAGCUCGUUGGUUUAUCUACAGGAUAAAAAUGGCUUUUUUCAUUAUGAUUCUUUUAGUAGUAGUAACUCAUUCCACACAAAGCAGGUAGCAGAGAAACUAGAGGCUUUCUUAGGCAGAAAAGGAAACAAACUGGCCGUUGUGGAAGAGAAAGCCCCUUCUCAACAAAGCAGCUAUGACUUUGGGAUGUACAUGAUAUGUAACACUGAGGCCUUGUGUCAGAACUUCUCUAGACCACAGCCAGAAUCACUACGGCGGCUACUCACUCUCACACACAUCAGAAAGAAGAGAGAAGAAUGGAAGGAUCUCACAGCCAGACUUGCUAAAAAUUAG